AUGAGUAAUAUCCCAGCCGCUUUGAGAUCCGCAGACAUCGGGCGCUUCGCCGCCAGAGCAGCCCAGGUCGAGCGGGUGAAGCCAGCCGUUGCUUAUUGGUGUAAUUUCUGGAUCGUGAAUCAGAUUAUCGAAAAGGGCUUGCAUACGGCAGACGACGAGACAAAGCUGUAUACGACGAACCUCGUUGAUAAGCUCGAACAAGUUAAAAGCGAGAAUGCAGAUAAUGAUACUAUAACGGAUAAUGUGGCUGCACAUGCCUACGUGGAGCAGUUUGCACUGGAGGUCUUUAAUCGUGCGGAUACGACUAUGAGCGCCAACAAGGUUACCAAACAAACAGCAGAUACCUUCCAAGCCGCCGCUACAUUCCUCGAACUGUGCCAGAUCUGGAACGCCCCGGACGCUGAAACCGCCGCCAAGAUUAAGUUCGCCAAAUACCAUGCAGUGAGAAUAGUGAAAGCGAUUAAGGCUGGCGAAGACCCGAAUGCAACGAACCCGGUUAGACAACAAGAAUGGGAGGAUGUCGAGGAAGAGGGUCCGGCCGAGCAGGAUGUGCAGGCGUUUGAUGAAUCCGUUGCGCAACGAGCAGCGCAGCCGUCUGUGGAGGAUGUCCCUGGUGAAUCGACAUCCGCAUCGCCAAAUCUCCCUGCCGCACCGCAAAACCUGCCUACUUCUCCAUCGGCUGAGGAACCGGGCUUGAACCUGCCAUCUGCGCCAGAGACAAUCGGAUCGACACCAAAUCUCCCGGAUACACCGUCGAACCUGGGUGCGUCUCAACCGGCACCACCGCCGAUCUCGCCCUCGAACCCGCCAGAUGUUCCCCAUGACCCCAGCUCUUUCUACAAUAAGCCGCCUACAAAUACUGCUACUCCCCCGCCCGCACAACUGUCCCCAGGGAUCCCUGCAGUAUCGCGUACAGCCCCGCAACCUGCACCUGCGCCUGCGGCAGCGGCAGCUCCCGCACCGGUUCCUGUACCUGCACCAGUGCCUGCUGCAACGCCUGCAUCGAGACCGUCGUCGAACCUGCAAGAUGCCGACGACCAGACCAUUGCGCUAGCGCAGAAACAUGCGCGGUGGGCUGUAUCAGCGUUGACGUUUGACGAUGUCAACACGGCGAUUAAGGAGCUGAAGAGUUCAUUGAAAUGCCUUGGGGCAGAAUAA